CGGAAAGGCCUGAAGAGAGGUGCUUCGUCAAGAAAUGGCCCAGAUGUAGCGAUUGGUAGAGGUUUUGACGUAGAUCUGUCGAUCUGUCGUAUCGUCGUCAUCAACAUGACGGACAACAAGUUCAGGGAGCACUUCUGGGAAGCUCCAAAGGAGUACUUCAUCCCUUUCUGGUACCUGUGAGCCACACGCACACUCACAGAUGGAAUUGGACAUACCGGUGUCUGUCCCUCGGUUCUCUCUCUGUCUACGUCCACUCGCUGUCUGCCUGUCAGGAUCAUAUCGAGCGUGUGCAUGGUUGUUUCCGUGGUAGUUGGCACUCUACAGUACCUGAAGCUCAGGAAAAUCGGCAAUGAAAUCAGAAAGUGAGAACAAAGAAGAAAGGACCAACGACAAACGUUUUACACGCACGGAAGUAUGUCACACGUGUGUGUGUGUAUGGUUGGUGUGUUUCUUGCUUUCUGCUCGAUCAGACAUCGGCAGGCUGUGUUCCUCCCUCGCAAGGUGGGUGGGGGGAUGGGCAAAGGAAGGGUACACACACACCUGACCGACAGACAGACAGACAGGCAGACCGACAGACAGACAGAGAAGCAACCAGUGCUGCCUGCAUGUGCUGUUUGUUUGUCGUGCGUGUGUUGUGUGUUGGUUUGGUUCUUCUGUCUGUUAGACACAGCUGUCCGUGGCAAUGUCCAACCUCCCGCCGAUCCUGGCUUUCCUCAACUGGUACUUUCCCGCCUGUCUACCAUUGCACGAAGGAAGGGAAGGAGGCCUGCCGGCCUAGCAGCACUUGUUGUCUGUCUGUCUGUCUGUCUGUCUGUCGGCAGGGGCACAUUAAUGUUUCCGCACCAGAAGCUCACCUUCUGGGUGCUGUGUAACGUCUACAUCGCACUGGUAAGACCGGCAAGACACACACACACACACAUUCUCUCUCGUUCUCUGCCAUCGCGCACACGUGUGUGUGUGGAGUGUGUGCAGGCUUUGUAUCGCUCCUGGGAGAUGAUCAUCAUCUGUUUGGGAGGCCCUGAGCGGUUUGUGGAGCGUCUGAGAGGCAGGGGGCCCUACAGGGUCUACGUCGCCGUCCCUUGCUGCUGCUUCGGUGCACUGGUCAAGAAACGAGCAUUCGGAGAGGUGAGCUGGCCAUACCCUUACUCACAGAGAGACAGAGGGCAUCUGUCUCUCUGGGGGCUUGGUUUGGUUUGCGUGUGUGUGCCUUGCGUUUUGUCGUUUCAGCUUGAGAUGUGGGUGACCUACCUCUUUGUGGCCCAGCAGCUGUACGUUGGGCCCAUCAUGGCAAUCAUCAGGUCGCUCAACAGAGACAAUGUGCUCGGACAGGUGGGGUGCAGCGGACACACACACACACACACACACACACCGGGAUGGGAUGCCUGUGUCCACCACUGCAGAUCAGCAGCCCGAUCAGCCUUUUGUCUACGCUGUUCGCCAUGUAUGGAGUGCACAUUGUCUUCCGGGCCGCCAAGCCUUUCUUCAUGAAGCAGCUCCACGACGCGGCAGGUGUGUGGGUGUGUGGGCGGGCUGGCCAGCGACACACGCCUGCGCAUGACUGUCCGUCCGCUGUGUUUGGGUGGGCAGGACCUCGGUUCUGGGUGGUCAAGUCGACGGUAGUGCUGAUGCGGCUGACCGAGCUGAUCUGCAAUAUCAAUGGGGUCGCCCAGGGCUUCCCUAACACGGUCUACACGCCGGUACGUGGGGACGUAUGCGUGUGGCCGCAGAGCCAUACACAUACAUCAUGAUGUGUGUGUGUUCAUUGCUCAUUGAUUCAAUGGCAUGUGUGUGCCCUUCACUCUCACUGAAGGAGGUGAUGGGUGUGAUGUGGUCGGCCGUCUUCAUCAGUGUGUGGUGUGCCAUCAUCACCUGCCUCUCCUACUUCUUCUUCGACGCGCGGGACCUCAACAUACUAGAGGUGUUGCAGAAGAAAACGUCCACACACGAGGCCCUCUGAGUGUCUGUCUUUCUGGAUGGAUGGAUGGAUGUGUGUGUGUGUAUGUGUGAAGGUUGAGACGAAUCGCUUUCCGUCUGAGAGUGUGAAGAACUCGAUGACGCCCACGGGCUACAUGGAGGCGCCACAGCACACAGAGGAGAGAGGCGGUGAGCCACACAUUAUAGUGGACGGAGCCACCAAUGCCAAUGCCCCAGCAAUUGUGAGGGACAACCAGACCACCUCCACCACCGCCACAACGACGGCACAAGACGACAACGCACACAGCCGGGAAGGCUCUUACGGCACCAUGGGGGACACAUCACUGUAGCCAGGACAGGCAGCGUGUCUGUCUCUCUCUCCUCUUUAUCCAAGGUAAGUGUACGCGAUGAUCGCAGGCCUAACUGUCUUUGCAGUUUUUUCCCAGUCCGUCUAGUCUUUUUGAUGUGUGUGUGUGUGUGAGUGUGUGUGUGUGAGUGAGUGAGUGAGUGGAGCGUCUUUAUUUAUGUCACAUGACUGACAAUUGUGAGAUGGAGUGUGCAGGUAGAUAGGUGCACAUGAGUGAUGCUGGGCGAGUGAGUAAAUAAACAAAGUGCGCGUGUGUCACGUGUCUAUGUGCUGGGUGAUCGAUCUUUUGGUGCCCUCAUGCAGCCAGCCGAGGGCAACCAGUAGUAGACGCCUGUUGAGCACAGGCGUGCAUGCAGCCCUUCUCUUCGUCCUUGUACGAAGCGCGCCGAGACCUCCAGAGGCCUUUUGCAUGUUUAGUGUGUCGGCGGGUCGUGCAGAAGGCCGGAUAAGGAAGAGUGAGUG